AUGGGCUUUGAGGUUGACAAGUGCAUAGAUCUACACAACCGCAUCGUCGCCCACGCUUGCUCGCACCUUCCACCCGACCGCCAACCCCAGAUUCAACGCAGCUGGUUCAGCGCGCACUCACUAGAUCCUUCCUCACCCGUUCCCUUGCCCCUAGAUAUCGAGGAAGAAUUCGACGAUGACCUCACAGCCUUCCUAUCAGGCAUCGACAUCGUCGUGCCCGAACAACAUCAACAUCUGGCCUUUAAUCCCUUGCUCGUCGGUGUCCCUUCGCCUAACCAUAUGAUCCCCGAUAUGUGGCUUGGCAUCAUCGAGGAACGCGAGGAUUACAUCCUGCUUUACACAGGACCUGCAUAUGAUGCAGGGGGUCUUUUGUACAGCCUAUCGACGCAGCAAGUGGGCUACAUGGCCUCCCCGUAUUCCGAACCUGAAGACCUCUAUUGGGACGAUCUUCAGAAUGCGCUGGAAAUUUACUGGGACUGCGUCGAGUCGGGGAAAUUCGUCAUCGAUGCAGAAUACCUGGGAGAUGAACUUACUACGCAGGGAUGGAGGAUACUCGAGUGGACUGGCCUUGAGCUGGAGGGCGCGCUGGAGGCGUGGCAUAGUUUGGUGGACGCGAUCACUAAACGCCUACCGGGACAAGGGAAAGAUGACGACCCGAGAGCACACCAGGAGGAGAAGCAAGAAGAAGUGGACGCUGUUUUGGUAUCAUCUGAGAUCUUGGAGCAAUAUCCGGCUAUCCCGUCUUUCGCACGCGCAAUCCUUUCUCGGGCGAAGAAGCCGACCUUUACUUCCAUCGCUCCGCAACUGGACAUUCCGACCGAAGCCUUCGUUCACCGUGUAGGUGCCAAAUUACAGGAGCUACACCCCGACGCUUCCAUCACCACUCCAGACUAUGAAAUGAGCUAUAUACCCAAAUUUCUCUUGUUCCCGUGGCGGACACAAGGCCUCCAACUCGUUCUCGAGUCUGAUCGUGACCGGUGGAAGGAUAGACGGGGACAUGCCCACACCCUUGACAACCGCGCCGGUCUGUAUCUGACCCCCGAUGGCACGCACACACACUCAAUUUCUCUACUCCUGCCUUUCCCCAUCGGAGCUAAUGGCCACGUGCGCAAGAAAAAUGGAACUAUCGUGAAGCCGAGCGACCAAGGUCAAGAUGCUUUGUAUCGGCAUGGGGCGUGUACCCCAUUUCUACCCGCACAUGGCACACCGUUGGCCGCUGUCCUAGUCAACUGGUGUGAAAUGGUUGAGAAGGGAAAUUGGCACGUUGAUGAAAACGGCGUCGCAGGUGAAGAAGAUGUAUGGAAACAAGCGGAUACGGAAGACAAGGCCGAGGAUUACAUGACAGAUUGGAGUUGCUUUUGA